ACAUUCCGGCAUUCUGUGCGUGCUUGUCGGUAUGAUACCAACUGUACUAACACCAAAUGCACAUUCCGGCAUUUUGUCCGUGCUUGUCGCUAAGGUCCAGUUCCAAUUCCGGCGGUGUCGGCCUGCCGCAUUAACAAGGGCAUGGCGGGAUGCAGUUCAAUUCAGCAAUCUACGACCCAAAGGGUGUAUUGGUUUCUAGAGACGAGAACGAGGGUGCUUGGUGUGGAGUAUCCACACACGGUAGCCAGCAUGGCCAAUCUGGCGUCGACAUCCGGAACCAAGGCUGAAAAGCUGGACGUGCGAGUGAUGGAGGGAAAAGAGUGUGCUUGGCGCGGAGCAUCCACACACGCUGAUCAUCAUGGCAACCUGGCGUCGACGUACGGAGCGCAGGGUCAGGAUGCUGAGUUAUCAGUCUAAUGAAGGAGUGUGUACAGCUCCAAAGACAGGCUUUGGGAGUCAGUUAUCAUCUCUUCCGUUCUUCCUCAAAUAUGUUGGCGGAUUGGAACGCGGAACAACGACGGGCUCG